UCCGGCGUCCAUAUCGGCUCCCUCACCGUCACACCAAUAGACACACGAAGGCACCAGAGACACAGAGGCGUGGCGUGUCUUGGGGUGAUGACGGGGCGUGUGGCUGUGGCGGCGGUGCUCCUGCUGCGUCUUGGAGGCGCCCACGGCACCAGGGACUGUAAGGAACUUCAUGAAGUGGUGGUCGUCAGUGAAGGAGGGAAGGAGACAAUUUGUGAGGAGAGACGAGAAACAGGAAGAUAUAGUGAGUCGACAACAGUGUACGUGAAGCCGGGAGAUGACUUCAAGGGAGUUAGUCUUGAAGUGACAGAAAAGCUAUUCUCUGCACAUCUUCAAAAAGCCUGGUUUGGCCUAAACAAGUGUUACAGCGACAACAAGUGGAUCAAAUUGAAGGUGAAUGUGGAAGCAACGAAUAUAUUGAACACAAUUCUGCAUUUCACCCUAAACAUUGAAGGAUACAAAGGAAGAUGCACGAGGAAAACAACAUGGAACAAAUUCAUCACUGGCUUUAGUAUUGUGGCUCACGGCUCUUCCAACUGGACAAGCACAGCCAAAGAAACGGGCGACAGAUGUCAAGGUCCGGAAGAAUUCACGAACCUGCAGAACCCAAACACCUGCACGGAUCCGCCCGACCCUAUCACCACCAGCACCACAUCAACACCACCACCUCCAGUGGUGAUAGCGGUGCCGAUAGCGGUGGUGGUGGCGGUGAUCCUGGCCAUUGUGGUGUGUGUGACCUACCGGAGGCGACGACGUGGACAGGGAGAGGGGCAGGAGAUCCAGUAUCAUCCACAGUCCUCUCCAGCCUCACCGGAGAUAGGUUCAGUGCACAUCAUGGAGAACAGUCUGUAUGAACCCUUCCCCGGCCCCGUGACCCCCGCCGCCAGGGAACAGCAAGGGACGGUGGUCGUGGAGAACAGUCUGUACGAACCACUACCCGGCUCACUGACAGCGGCCGCCAGGGAACAGCAGGAGAUUGAAGUCGUGGAGAACAGUCUGUACGAACCACUACCCGGCUCACUGACAGCGGCCGCCAGGGAACAGCAGGAGAUUGAAGUCGUGGAGAACAGUCUGUACGAACCCUUCCCCGCCUCCAUGACAGCACCCACCAAUCAGUGAACAGCAAGAGACAGUAGUCGUGGAGAACAGUCUGUACGAACCGGUCAACAGGGAUUACCUCUAGCCAUUGCAUGUCAGAGGCACACCCUCCAAUCCACGGCCACUGUCCCUAACACGCCUAGACUGACUGUUCCCGCUCCACUCGACUUCGGAAACCUUGAUGAUGUAGGUUAUUGACACGACACCAGACACACAUUGCAGGAAGGCGUGAACAUUGUCCUGUCGGCGGCCUGAUCCCCAGCCAUUCCUGUAACUUGUUUGCCUUCCGUGCUGAGGACCGUUCGCCUGUAGCAGUAAUUCAACUAUCGGACACGAGAUGGGAGCCACGAUCAGAUGGUCUCACGGAAGGGAAGGGAAACUCGCCUGGCAGUGGGAACAUCUUUGCCGAGAUAAGACAACGCGACACCACCAGAGGAAGGUACCCCCCCUGUGACCUUUGUGUUAGCAGGUAACUUAUGGGAUGACAUUUUGUUUAACAGCAAUACGACCAACAGGCUCAUCCAGUCGCCAGGUACGACGAUUGUGGUGCUGAAGACAUGUGUUGCUCGUGUUCUCCAAAUGGAGCUGGGGCGUUUGAUUCCAGUUGUCAGCAGGAAAAAAACUAUUGCUACUCCCGAAGAUUCCUUGGCGUCUGUCUGUGUGUGGCAAUGACCCCCAAGAGGCACACCCAGACCCUGGAUUCCUGCCGGGAGUGACGCCAGGAACUCCAGGUCCUGCUGUAGGCGCCGAAGGGACCUUUAGUGGACAGUGAAGAUACAACUACAGCGAUCCACCGAGAACCUGAUGCUGAUUUUAUGAUCUUGAUGAUUUAGUUAAUAAGUUACCAAAUAAGGGAAAAAAUGGCUUAAACAAUACUGUUAAUGAUUAUCAAAAUGGUUUUUUUUUCAGAUACUUAUCUUAAUGUAUAAUACUUGUACAUGUGUAUCCCUGUUCUGUAUUGCUCUGUGAUUUGUCCAUGCGAGUGUUCCGCAACUGUGUGAUGCUGUUGUGUUCAGCCCUGACGUGCGUGUAUUAAUACAUGUGAUCAGUCUGCAGCACCCCAUUGUGCACGUCAUUAUAUUGUGUUCAGCCCUGACGUGCGUGUAUUAAUACAUGUGAUCAGUCUGCAGCACCGCGUUUUGCACGUCAUUUCAACUUUUUUUAUGGUAUUUAAUUUCAUAAAUCAGUCAAUCUUUUUCCCGUUGGGGGCGGGGACGUAAUUCAUGCCUCCCUGCUUGUUACUGUUGUUUUGGAAUGUGAGAAAUAAGUCAAUCUUUUUUGCUCGUUGGGAGACAGGGAAAACGUAAUUCAUGCUUUCGUACUUGUUAAUGUUGUGUUGGAUGGUGACAUAUUAAUCCCUUUACCUUUGAGGGGGCGGGGAGAUGUGUUUCAUGCCUAGGUACUCGUCACUGUUGUGUUGGAUGGUGACAUAUUAAUCCCUUUACCUUUGAGGGGGCGGGAGAUGUGUUUCAUGGCAAGGUACUCGUCACUGUUGUGUUGGAUGGUGACAUAUUAAUCCCUUUACCUUUGAGGGGGCGGGAGAUGUGUUUCAUGCCUUGGUACUCGUCACUGUUGUGUUGGAUGGUGACAAGGUUCAGCGAGUGCCCGCCGCUGUUGUGCAAAAUCCUCGGGCUGCAUUACGUGUGUCUGGGCCAGCACCACGGCCAUCCUGACACACUAGAAGCUACAACAGAACAAAACAUAUAGCUACUACAGGCAACUUUCACGGUGUUAAAAGAAAAUCUAAACCUUUAGUACAACACGGCUAUGAAGUAACAAACAUCUGUGCUUUUCUUGCAUCUUUGGGGUAUUUUGCACAACGCCGUCCCCUCCCCGGAAGAGUGUGGUGCCGCGGCCGCCUCGGGAACACACGGACGGCGCGACUCACGGGAAUGUCAGACUGUCCGCGGGGUUUGGCUUGCACAGUGUGAUGAAUGAUUAUGUCACGCUGCCCCCUGUUAUCUGAUUCUGUGACUUGACAUUAAUAAAAGCAUA